AUGUCUCGAACCAGCCUCGUCUACGUAUCAAGGCUCGCCUCACGAGCUCUUAGUAGGGCCGCUACGCCCCGUGCCGCCCUGCGCCGUCUCCCGGUUCUCUCUCACAGCGCAGCGUCCGCCGCGGCGCCGCAGCGGUGCUUGUCCUCGUCUGCGCCGCUUCGCAAAGGCAUCAUGCCCGACACGGCGUCGCCGGCCAAGGAGCCGCUGCCGUCGUCGCCCGAUCUGACCUACGGCGCCAUCGAACUCUCCGAAUCUGAAUAUCACGACAUUGCCGACGAGUUUCUCGAGGGCGUCCUCACACAGUUUGAGGCGCUCCAAGACACGCGAGAAGACAUUGACAUUGAGUUCUCCGCUGGCGUCAUGACCAUUACACACACGGACAAGGGCACGUACGUCAUCAACAAACAGCCCCCCAACAAGCAGAUAUGGCUGUCGUCGCCCCUCUCCGGGCCGAAGCGCUACGACUGGUGCGUCGUCGGCGAGGGUCAGGCCGACAAAGCGGGCACCGGCCAGGGCGGCUGGAUCUACGGCCGCGACGGUAGCAGCCUCAAUGCGCUCAUCCUCGACGAGCUGGGCGUGGACGUGUCGACGCCGGCGGCGAGCUAG